AUUCGACGCAGUUUUUCACCGCCUCGUUCACGAGCCAGCAGGGAAGAAGAAAUUCAUAGUCGUUUCUUCAAUAUGACUUCGUCACCGCGACGAACGUUCAUAUUAUUUUAUGCAAAAGAUGGAAGUUCCAUGUUGAAAUCGCAGAAUAUGGACGAACUAUUACGUAUUGAUGCCAUAUUAAGGAAACAAAUUGAGUUGAUCGAUGAAAGAAGCGGAGAGAAGAUUUGUGAACCGUUAUGUCGCAUCAAUAGACCAUUUUUCAUUUUUUGGGAUGAACUCAAAAAAGCACAGAGCAACAUCAUCGGAAAUGAAUCGGAUUCAGAUUUUGUUUUCGACUUUCCAACAGCCAUCCUUUUCGGACAUGAAGUUUUCGUUGGAAUGAAUAUGUUCGGAGUGCGUACUGCAGAUGAAAUGUUCGCGAAUCGCUCGACAAUCACGCAUGUGACGACAGUGGUUCUGUGGUACUUCUCGCAAGAAAGUAAUCCCCGAAUCAAGGGAAUCAUCGAUGAGACUGCGCUGGAGAUGUUCGAGAUGAGUAAGGCCCGCAACGCAUCUUCACUGAUACAGUUCGAUAUAUUCGGCGAUCAUAUUGCCAAUAAAGAAAUGCUGCGCGGUGCAUUGGAGGCGACUAGACUAAUGCUGACUGGUUUCUUCUUGCUGCUCAUAUUUGUAUUUACUGUUGUUUGGCAUAAAAUGUCGCUGAGCAGAAAUCUACCGAAAGUUGUGUUUGCGACCAUUUUGUCACCAUUCUUGGCCGCAGCAACUGCGUUUGGGAUUCUAUCGUGGCUGCGUUUCACAUUCUAUGCGAUCAUGUGCGUCACACCAUUUCUCAUCCUUGGAAUUGGUAAUCAUUCACUUCGCAUUCGCAUCUCUUUGAUAAUCUCUACUAAACAAUCUCAGUGCAUCCUUCAAGACGGCAAAAACGAGAAUUGUGUUGAUGAUGCCUUCAUAAUGCUCCAAUCGUGGACACAGUAUCGCACAAUCAGAUGCAAAAAGGAGCGUUUAGCGAAAGUUUUCAUUGAGAUAGGUCCAUCAAUUAGCAUCACAUCGUUGACGAAUUGCAUCGCAUUCGGUAUCGGCUAUUUCACACCUACACCUCAGAUGAGUAUGUUCUGUUUGUGCACCUCGGUGGCAUGCUUCCUCGAUUAUAUUCUAACAUUCACAUUGUUUGCACCGAUUCUCUUGUUGAGUGACGACGAGGCGAGUAACAAAUAUAUGAGUGCCGAGAAAUUAUCAUUUCAACAACAGGUUUCUUGCAUUUUAUUUUAUUAUAACUCUCUUUUGCGUUCGCAAUCAGUUUUCAACGAAUUUUUCCCCCUUCAAAUAAUUGUCAACAGUCCACCGAACAUAUCGGACAGUGCUGAGUACGAAGACUUCUACAAGUUGGUCACAUCACUGGAAUCCGUAAAGAACAGCUAUGGACGUGAACGAACAAUUCUCUUUCUGAAAGCCUACGAGAAAUUCGACCGUAGAACGUUCGAGGUGUUGAAUGCAAUUGGCCUGGCCGGUGAGACACAAUAUCGUCCCUCAUACGAUCACUUAGCAUUCUUUCUGGGCCAAAUAAACAAUCCAAAAACCAUUCAAAUUGUGCGUGAUGAAAGAGGAAAGGUGAACCUGAAAGCGUUUCAUAUGACAAUGAUAGCACAUAACAUGUCCGAAUGGUCAAGUCGAGCCGCAUACGUUGAUCGAUGUCGCACAGUACUAACCAGAUAUCCGCAAUUUAAUGCCACCGUUUUCGAUGCUGAUUCAGCAUUGCUUGAUCUGAUAUUAACGGCAAAAUUUGAUCUGAUUGGGUCGAUCGCAGUUACGGUGCUUUGUAUGGCUAUUGUAUGCUUGGUGUUCGUUUCCAGCAAGCUUGGAGUCCUAAUUGUUACAUUCACUAUAUCUUCAAUCUGCUUCACACUGGUCGGUGCGUUGUCGUGGUGGGGUGCUGAUAUGGAUCCGGUGACAAUGGUUGAUGUGCUCAUAGCGACUGGAUUCAGUGUCGACUAUACGGCACAUAUCGCGUAUAAAUUCUGUAAAGCAAGUGGCAAAGUUCGCGAACGAAUUGAGCAGAGUUUCAGUGAAAUGUGUGAACCGAUGUUACAGGCAGGUACAUCCACUGCACUCUGUAUGCUGCCGCUAAUGUUCGUGCCAACUUAUGCGAUAUUGGUGUUCGCUAAAACAGUCUUUUUGGUGGUCGGAUUGGGUUUACUACAUGGUUUAUUCAUACUGCCGGUUUUAUUGGUCACCGUCACCAGGCAUACAACAGUGGGCAAUACGGAUGAAUCCACUCAAAACGAGACCACUCGAUGUCAAGAUCUCAAAGCGACGAAAGAGCCUUUAAUCUUGUAA